AUAAGUCGCCAACAUGCCCGUCGCUCCCUCCUGCUGCAAGUGCGGAAGCAUGAUCGUCAUCAGCAACUCGUGCCCGUCCUGCGGCCACCACGAGUGCCGAACCUGCCUCUAAAUGAGCAACACUCGAGAUGUAGUAACAACGUCGAAAGGAUGAAUCGAAAAGUCUUCCAGCACGACGGUGCCUACGUUCUACCGAGAGAGACUCCGAGGCCCAAAGCGAAAAGGGGAAAACUUACACCACGCGCACCCACAUCAACCAGGCUGGCAAAUGGCCCCCACCACUACCACCCAAGCCGAUGA